AUGGUCACAAAGAGCAGUCAACUACAAUUAAGUGACUGCGAAACAAACUUAAGACGCCCAGAAUACACUGACAUCUCAGUAACUUGUGGCACCAAAUCUAUUGGCCUUGCUGUCCUCAUCUGCCCUGCCAUUUACACUGGCUACAAUGAGUCCCUGCUUAUCCUCAACAACAUCAUGAAUGACCCAGCCUGCAAGGGAACCCUGGAUGAAAGUGUGACUCCACCGCUCUUGAGGUUUGAAUUCCCCCUCAACACGACCAAUUCUUGUGGCAGCCUCUUCAGGACAACCAGCACUCUAGGCACAGGGAUAUUUUCGGACUUCUCCAACAUCCAGACAGUCAACAUCAGCGGUGUGAUCCGAUCAUAUGAUCCCACCACGGGGACAGUCACUUACAACACUGAGCUGAAGUAUUUUUACUCCUGUGCCUACUCCCUAGAGUACCUUAUCAACAACACCCAGAUUGAUACGUCGGCAUCCUCCAUUGCAGUGAAGGACAACAAUGGUAGUUUCAUCAGCACUUUGAGCAUGAAUCUCUUCAGUAAUGUCAAUUUCACUUUACCCUUGGUCAUUCCAGAACAGGGUCUUGAGCUGAGGACUGACAUCUUUGCCCAAGUCAAGGCCACCAACCUGACCUCCCAAUACCAUGUUCUCCUGGACCGAUGCUACGCCUCCAUUUCUCCUCUACCCAACAGUGACAACACUUUCUUCAACCUGUUUGUCCCUUGCAACACUGACCCACUGACCAUCAUCCAUGAGAACGGAAAGAGUCAACGCGCCCACUUCUCCUUCCCGGCCUUCCGCUUCAUGAAGCAGCAGAAUGAGAUGAAGUCCACCUACUUUCUCCACUGCAUCACCCGUCUCUGUGAGAAGAGCACCUGCAGUGUGUUCAUGCAAUGUAACAACAGGAGGAGAAGGGGUGUUGUUCCUGCUACCGAAGAUGCAGUAACAGAGUCCAAAACCAUCAGCUCCCCUCCUAUCACCAUCAGAGCAGAGAGCAUUGCAGCAUUAAAAGAUCAGCAGACUGCCAGCAACAAUUCAGACACUUCUACAGGUCUUGGUGUGGCAGUGUGUAUCCUGGCCUUCGCCUGUAUCAUUGUCAUUAUUAUGGCAGCCGUCUUCUACAGGAGACUGAACCAUUAA